GAAGAGAUUUCGGGCCCGAAGAAGGAUGCGUUCCGUCUGGGAGUGACUCCUGGGAACCGAUCCAAUGAUAUUGAGUUGAUUCGUAUGAAACUGAAACAAGAAGAGGGAAAGAUAUCGUUGUUUACGACUAAACCUAAGAUCGCCAGCGAAUACUUCACCGAAGAAGAGAUGACUAAAUUUAAAAAACCCAAAAAAGUUCGCAAAGUUUUGCGCAAAAAGAAAGCAAUUGAAGCGACUGAGGAGGUAGUGACAGAUCUGACAGUCAGUACAGAUCACGGCUCCAGAAAGAGUCGCAAUAGAGAUAAGGAAAUGAAUAUCGACUCAAAUGACACCAAAAUUGAUAAAACUAUAGUCAAAGAGGAAGUCCUAAUAGAUAUCAAUCCAGUAAUGCUUCCCAAGAGUGGACUUCGUUUGCCAGCCAUGGAUGUGGACGAAGACUUCAUUGAUCCCAACGAUAAAGACUUAAGUGGUAUUAUCUUAGAAGAAGAGGAAGCCGACAAAGAAUUGGAAAUGGCUUUACAUAAGUCUCGGAAACUUAAACUCAGGAGCAAUGUGGAGGCGACUACCGGUGCCGCCAAGAUUUCGGGCCCGAAGAAGGAUGCGUUCCGUCUGGGAGUGACUCCUGGGAACCGAUCCAAUGAUAUUGAGUUGAUUCGUAUGAAACUGAAACAAGAAGAGGGAAAGAUAUCGUUGUUUACCACUAAACCUAAGAUCGCCAGCGAAUACUUCACCGAAGAAGAGAUGACUAAAUUUAAAAAACCCAAAAAAGUUCGCAAAGUUUUGCGCAAAAAGAAAGCCAUUGAAGCGACUGAGGAGGUAGUGACAGAUCUGACAGUCAGUACAGAUCACGGCUCCAGACAGAGUCGCAAUAGAGAUAAGGAAAUGAAUAUCGACUCAAAUGACACCAAAAUUGAUAAAACUAUAAUCAAAGAGGAAGUCAUAAUAGAUAUCAAUCCAGUAAUGCUUCCCAAGAGUGGACUUCGUUUGCCAGCCAUGGAUGUGGACGAAGACUUCAUUGAUCCCAACGAUGAAGACUUAAGUGGUAUUAUCUUAGAGGAAGAGGAAGCCGACAAAGAACACCUUUACCGAAAUUUACUACACUUGCUGCUGAGCAAUGAUGCAGAGAGUCUUAUACCGAAUAACAUUAUAUUGAACUCUACGGCAGAGUUUUGUCGUAAUUUAGGAGAUAUCCCGACCUAUGGUUUGGCGGGCAAUAGGGAUGAGGACGAAGAGCUCAUGGAAUUGGAAGAGACUUUGAUUGAGACACGAAAUCCCACCCAUGAUUCCGACCCCAAUAGAGGCCAAUGGAAUGAAGUGGAGGUUAAAGAGGAUGAUAUCGCACAGGAUUUAGAGGACAAUGAGGGACAGCCUAUCCUAGAAGAAGAGCCCGAUGUCAGCAGAGGACUGGUAGGCGCUCUGCAGUUGGCGAUGAAAAAGGGAUACUUGGAUAAGGAGGUGAAGAAAGUGAGUGCUUCGCGACAGAGCGCUAUCGAGUCUCAGUCCUACACCAUUGAAGAGAAGUUUUACGAAGACGACAAAAUCGGUCGAAGGGAGAGGUAUUCGGGACCGGUGUCUGACUUUAGGGAGAAAAACGAAUACAGACCUGAAAUCAAAUUGGAUUACGUGGACGAGAAGGGACGCGUUCUCGACCAGAAGGAGGCGUUCAGACAUUUGUCGCAUAAGUUCCACGGAAAGGGUCCGUCGAAGAACAAGAUCGACAAACGCAUGAAGAAGAAGGACCAGCAAAGCAAAUUACAACAAAUGAAAGAAGAGCCCGAUGUCAGCAGAGGACUGGUAGGCGCUCUGCAGUUGGCGAUGAAAAAGGGAUACUUGGAUAAGGAGGUGAAGAAAGUGAGUGCUUCGCGACAGAGCGCUAUCGAGUCCCAGUCCUACACCAUUGAAGAGAAGUUUUACGAAGACGACAAAAUCGGUCGAAGGGAGAGGUAUUCGGGACCGGUGUCUGACUUUCGGGAGAAAAACGAAUACAGACCUGAAAUCAAAUUGGAUUACGUGGACGAAAAGGGACGGGUUCUCGACCAGAAGGAGGCGUUCAGACAUUUGUCGCAUAAGUUCCACGGAAAGGGUCCGUCGAAGAACAAGAUCGACAAACGCAUGAAGAAGAAGGACCAGCAAAGCAAAUUACAACAAAUGAGUUCAACGGAUACGCCACUCAACACAUUGAAAAUGUUGACCGAUAAGCAAAAGGAGCUACAAUUGCCUUAUGUUGUGCUCACUGGCGCUCAAAAGACGGCCAUUCAGUGA